GGAGAAAAUAGGAAAGGUCCGAGUCUGAAAAGGGAACAUGGUAGAUCACAUCUUGGAAGGUAGCCAACCUGUAGAUCUUUCCAAGCAUCCAUCUGGCAUUGUUCCUACGCUUCAGAACAUAGUAUCUACAGUCAAUUUGGACUGCAAGUUGGAUCUUAAGGCUAUUGCACUGCAAGCUCGUAAUGCGGAAUACAACCCUAAGCGUUUUGCUGCUGUUAUUAUGAGGAUUAGAGAACCAAAAACUACAGCAUUGAUAUUUGCGUCUGGAAAGAUGGUCUGCACUGGAGCCAAGAGUGAACAACAGUCAAAACUGGCAGCAAGAAAGUAUGCUCGAAUAAUUCAGAAACUUGGUUUUCCUGCUAAAUUUAAGGACUUUAAGAUUCAGAACAUUGUUGGGUCCUGUGAUGUGAAAUUUCCCAUUAGGCUUGAAGGUCUUGCAUAUUCUCAUGGUGCCUUUUCUAGUUAUGAACCAGAACUCUUCCCUGGCCUAAUCUAUCGGAUGAGGCAACCAAAGAUUGUCUUGCUCAUAUUUGUGUCUGGAAAAAUUGUUCUCACAGGGGCUAAGGUGAGAGAUGAAACAUACACAGCCUUUGAGAACAUAUACCCAGUUCUUGCAGAAUUCAGGAAAAGCCAACAAUGAUAACCUCCUCGGGGCCACACAGCUUGUCAUCAUGAAUCGUUUGAGGCGGAGAAAUUUGCCUCUUUGUUGCUGAGGGUGAAUGCAACUGUAAAUACGUGAUAAAGAGGCUGAUAUACUAGUGGGCUUUCGUCAUCCGUAUAAUUUAAAUAUGGGGUCUUUACAU